AUGGAUCUUGAAUCCGGGUCCUCGACCAGGCAGUCUAGCUUGAAAUUUUACAAGAGUACUCUGAUUCUAGCGUACCAGAGUUUUGGUGUGGUAUAUGGUGACUUGAGUACAUCACCAAUUUACGUCUACACCAGUACGUUUUCGGGGAGGUUGAGACUUCACGAGGAUGACGAUGAAAUUCUUGGGGUACUUUCUUUGGUUUUCUGGACUUUGACUUUAAUCCCUCUCUGCAAGUACAUUGUAUUUGUAUUAGGGGCAGAUUAUAACGGUGAAGGAGGAACAUUUGCUUUGUAUUCAUUACUUUGUCGCCGUGUAAAGUUGGGACUUUUGCAUGCUUCUCAUGCAGCAGAUGAGGACAUAUCUUCUCAAGACUCUUGUCUGUUAAACAAAGAGACUAGGGCUAGUUCUCUCCUAAGAGAGUUCUUCGAUAAGCAUCAUAAUUCUCGUGUUGUACUGCUGCUUGUUGUGAUUCUAGGGACUAGCAUGGUUAUAAGUGAUGGUAUUUUGACUCCAUCAAUGUCAGUCCUUUCUGCUGUAUAUGGCAUCAAAAUCAAGGCUAGGGGACUACAUGACAAUUAUGCUGUUUUGAUAACCUGUCUGAUUUUAGUGGGUCUCUUUGCACUUCAGCAUAUUGGGACACAUAGGGUUGGCUUCCUUUUUGCCCCUAUUACCUUAGCAUGGCUAUUAUGCAUUAGCGGGGUUGGUAUUUACAACAUAAUUCAGUGGAAUCCACGGGUUGUGAGUGCUCUUUCACCAUAUUAUGUGUACAAGCUUUUCAAAUUGACAGGAAAGGAUGGGUGGACUUCUCUUGGAGGCAUUGUCCUUUGCAUUACAGGUGCGGAGGCUAUGUUUGCUGACCUUGGUCAUUUUUCACAGCUUUCCAUCAGGAUUGCUUUUACCGCAAUUAUUUAUCCUAGCUUGAUUCUGGCUUAUAUGGGUGAAGCUGCUUAUCUCUCUAAACACAAAGUGGACCUCCAAAGAAGCUUCUAUAGAGCAAUUCCUGAGGUUGUAUUUUGGCCAGUAUUUAUCAUUGCAACCCUUGCAACAGUGGCGGCAAGUCAGGCAGUCAUAUCUGCCACUUUCUCAAUUAUCAGCCAGUGUCGGGCGCUGAAGUGCUUCCCUCGUGUUAAGAUAAUACACACAUCAAAUCAAAUGCAUGGGCAGAUAUACAUACCAGAGGUGAACUGGAUCUUGAUGGUUUUGUGCCUUCUUGUUGUGAUUGGCUUUAGGGACACAGACAUGAUAGGCAAUGCAUAUGGUCUUGCAGUUAUCAUUGUAAUGUUUGUUACCACCUGCUUGAUGUUUCUUGUUAUUGUUAUGGUUUGGAAGCGGAGUAUUCUGGAAGCCUUUGGUUUUGUAAUUGUUUUUGGAUCCUUAGAGUUGCUCUACUUGUGUUCCUGCCUGCUCAAAGUACCCAAAGGAGGCUGGCUGCCUCUCAUUUUCUCCCUGAUAGUUUUGUCUGUGAUGUGCAUCUGGCACUAUGGGACAUUACAGAAACAAUCAUAUGAGUCACAUAACAGAACGUCUUUGGAUAUGCUUCUUAGUCUGGGUCCAAACAUCGGUAUAAAUCGUGUUCGUGGUGUAGGCCUAGUCUAUACAAACCUGCCCUCAGGUAUCCCUCCAAUGUUUUCGCAUUUUGUCACGAACUUCCCUGCCUUCCACCAAAUCCUUAUUUUUGUAACAUUUCAAUACUUGACAAUUCCAAGAGUUUCUACCAAUCACCGAUUUAUUGUAAGCCGGAUUGGUCCCCCAGAGUUCCGUCUCUACCGGUGCAUUGUCAGGUUGGGUUAUAAGGAUGCAAGGAAGGACACUCAUGCUUUUGAGACCGACCUGAUUGAAACCGUGGCAGAGUUCUUGCAGCGCCACGGUGAUGAUAGUGAUGCAAGAGACUCAGGAAGUGAAAUGACUCUACAUCAGCAGGAAUCAAACCAUCUACUGGAUGAUGUUAGCAUGCGAUUUGAGAAUGGUUCUGGGGCUGGAUCAGAGACCAGACACAAGAGAGUAAGAUUUCGUGGUGUGGGAAGUAGGAAGGAAUUGGAGGAACUGGAGGAUGCCAGGGAAGCUGGUAUGGCAUACAUGAUGGGCAAUACUUGUGUCUUGGCAAUGGAGACAUCAUCACCUGUGAAGAAGUUUGUCAUUAACAUUGUAUAUGGUUUCUUGAGACGGAACUGUCGAAGCCCAUCCACAGCACUGGGAGUUCCUCAUACAUCUUUGAUUGAAGUAGGAGUGGCUUAUCAUGUUUGA